CAAGAAGUGGAGCAAAACAGAGGAGCGUCCUCGUCGAGGCGCCGGUCGUGUGGAGUGGAAAAAAAUUUGGCGAGGGAUUUGUUCUUGGUUUGGCGUCGCAGGAGCAGCAGCGAGCGCUGGAAUGAAAAUGUGCGCUCUUAAAUUCGAGGUAUUGGCAAGAUAUAAGCGAGCUCGCGCAGCAAAACUCACGCUUCCACAUUACGAAUGCCUCACUCCGAUGUUCAUGCCAGUUGGAACUCAAGGCUCGAUAAAGGGUCUCACUAGCGGUCAGCUGGAAGAGCUUGGCUGCCAAAUUGUUUUGGGAAACACUUAUCAUCUCGCUUUGAGACCUGGAGCUGAAUUGCUGGAUGCUGUGGGAGGCCUUCACGAGUUUAUGAACUGGCAACGGGGCUUGCUCACGGAUUCCGGUGGCUUUCAAAUGGUAUCACUUCUACACUUGGCAGACAUCACUGAAGAGGGAGUGACGUUUCAGUCGCCUGUGGAUGGCAAGCAAAUGCUCCUCACACCCGAAGAGUCUAUAAGGAUACAGAACAAGAUUGGAGCCGAUGUGAUCAUGGCUCUCGACGACGUUGUCAAGACAACUAUAACGGGCCCUCGCGUCGAGGAAGCAAUGUAUCGCACUCUCCGGUGGAUCGAUCGCUGCAUAUCUGCACAUUCAAGGCCAAGGGAUCAAAAUCUAUUCGGAAUAGUACAAGGAGGACUCGAUCCACAUCUCAGGGAUAUAUGCGUCAAAGGCAUGGUGGAGCGAAAUUUGCCAGGAUAUGCCAUUGGUGGGCUCGCAGGUGGAGAAGAAAAGGACUCGUUUUGGAGAGUUGUAGCGCAGUGCACUGCGGGUCUUCCAGACGACAAGCCUCGCUACGUUAUGGGUGUUGGAUUUCCACUCGACAUUGUUGUGUGUAGUGCUCUUGGAGCGGACAUGUACGAUUGCGUCUACCCAACGAGAACUGCUCGUUUCGGCACUGCUCUAGUCCCCGAGGGUGUUUUAAAGCUCAAACACGCUUCAAUGGCGACGGACACUCGACCGAUCGACGCUUCUUGCUCCUGCAUGGUUUGCAAGAACUACACUCGAGCGUACAUUCACACACUGGUGACGAAAGAAGCCAUGGGAUCCCAGCUGGUUUCCUAUCACAAUGUUUUUUACAUGAUGCGGCUUAGCAAUGAUCUCCAUACCUCCAUACUCGAGGGUCGAUUUCCAGAGUUUGUACAAGAUUUCUUGCAAAAACAGUAUCCACAAGGAGAUGUUCCGGAAUGGGUGUGUAAUGCCAUGGACGUGGCGGGAGUGGACAUUUCUAUGUGUGUCAAAUCGUGAAAACUCCAAAAAAAAAUUGAAAUUAAAACCAAAGUUUUGUU